CCUACUAUAUGCUCACGGAUAUGGACCUGCGAUAGUCUCGUUGACAAGGCAAAUCAACACUCGGAGAAAUCAACAGAAGAUAUGGAAUUUAAAACGAAAGCAACAAAUUCCGAAGGUUGUGUUGUAGAAGUAUACAAAUAAUAAUUCAACACUUAGCAAUGCAUAUUAAAUAUUGCACCAGUAAUAUCCUCAUCACAGAAUACUCUCCCUCUCUAGGCGACGAUGAGGACAUAAGCGAUUGCUCGACCAUCAUUUAUGACACUGAUGAUGAUGAUAAUGUUGAAGUAUGGCCUCAGUCAACCAGCUUGACACCAGCUCAGAGACUGAGAACUGAAAGACGCGGUCAGUUUCGAACUCAUCCCAACACCCACCAAGUUUCUUCUCAUUUCCCUAUUUCAAGCCAAACAAACCAAGAAGAGUCACUUCCUUCCACAUCCCGCUGUAUAUUUGUUCCUAAACCUAGCCCUGUCCCAACCUUACCCUCUUAUGACGACUUUCCUUUUGAUCCUUCUCCAAAAUACGAGUCUAUUUUUCCGGAGAUUUUAUAAAGAUCGGUUAAUUUCCUUGUUAUAUAAUUAUAAAAUGUAUAGAAAUAUUUAAUUAUUAAUUUUACGCUUAUUUA